UCAUGGCAGAGAAUGGCACUGUGACGACAGAUUUCAUUCUGAUGGGGUUCCAGCUGCGAGCAGAGCUGCAGAUGGGUCUCUUCUUUGUGUUUCUGAUCGUUUAUCUCAUCACCAUGGUGGGCAACCUGGGCAUGAUAGUGCUGAUUCAGUGUGACCUUCACCUCCAGACCCCCAUGUAUUUCUUCCUCAGCCACCUUUCCCUCCUGGACAUUUGUUACUCCUCUGUUAUUGUCCCUCAGUUGCUUGAGAGUUUGGGUACUGAUAAGAUGGUCAUCUCCUAUGAGCGCUGUGCCACCCAGUUUUUCUUUUUCACAUUCUGUGCUAGUACCGAGUGUUUCCUUUUGGCUGUGAUGGCCUAUGACCGCUAUGUGGCCGUGUGUAACCCUCUCCUGUAUGCCACUACCAUGACACCACAGACUCGCCUGGGCUUAGUGUCUGGGGCAUAUGUUGGUGCCAUGGUCAAUUCUGUGAUCCGCACUGGGUGUACCUUCUCGAUUUCCUUCUGUAAGUCCAAUCACUUGGACUUCUUCUUUUGUGACCUCCCACCUCUGCUGAAGCUUGCCUGUAGUGAGACCAGGCCACGGGAACGAGUAAUCUACCUCUUAGCUUUCUUGGUCAUUACAACCAGCAUUUCAGUGAUUCUAAUAUCCUACCUGUUCAUCAUCCAGGCAAUUCUGAAGAUUCAUUCGGCAGGUAGCAAAGCCAAGACUUUCUCCACCUGUGUUUCCCACAUGACUGCAGUGGCUCUUUUCUUUGGAACACUUAUAUUCAUAUACUUGAAAGGUAAUAUGGGCAAAUCACUCAUGGAGGACAAGAUUGUGUCAGUAUUUUACACUGUGGUCAUCCCUAUGCUGAACCCAAUGAUCUACAGCCUGAGAAACAAGGAAGUGAAAGAGGCUCUGAAGAAAGUUCUCAACAGGAUGAGGGUUUCCCAAGUAGAGUAAGACUGGAGUUCCAUCAAUUCAGAAGUUCCUGCAAAUCAUCCUUUGGGUUUUUGGCUUGUUCCCUUAACACAAGACCAGAUCUCAUAAUUACAAAAACAUAUUGAGGCAAAAAAAUUUAUAUUGGGGUUCCAGCAAUUUCUUUAUUAACCCUAUCACCAUGAGCCAGAAAUUCUCUUCCUCAGUUUUCACAUUAGUAAAAAUUUCUGUCUUGCUAAGAUUAAGAGAGAUGGAAGGCCAAAGGGCUUUAUCAAUGGUAACAUGCUGUAAGAUGUAAAUUUAUUUUUCUUACCUGUCCUGAAUAUUGUUGGGUGUUGUCUCACUUGAAUUUUUUUUCUACUAAGCUAAUUUUCGCACCUUGAAUAAUUACAAAACAAUAGCAUAUUAUUUACAUACUAAGGGCGGUCACAUUCUUUGGUUGUGAGUAGUGGGGUGGAAAUCAGCCUUGGCCAAAGAAAACUUCUCAACAUUCAAUCAUAUCUAGUUUAUGCAUUUGUCAUGGAAAAAUAGAGGGGAAAGGAGAUUUGAAAUGGGAAAUGUUCAACUAGUUAGCCUACUUCCUAAGGUAACGUAGAGGAUCAAGACACCGUACAAUGAAAGAUAUAAUGGUUUGCAUUAAUUAUUGGAAACAAUUUGAUCUUGACAUUGAGCUGAACUGAGUCCCAUAUAUAAUUUUUGAAAUAUUUCUUGACCACCAAAGAUCAGAAGCUCUGUUUUAUUUCUGAAGCAUUGUUCAUGGACCAUCAGCCUCAAUUAACUCAAGCUAUUCUCUAUUCUCCAGUAAUGAAAACCGCUCUCUACUUCCAUUUCCUGUAGGACAUUUGCUUUAUUCUCAGAAGACAGAUAACUACAAAUCUGACUGCUAUCUUUUAAUGGUCUCUACAUCUGCUAGAAGUAUUACUUGGGAAACAUCUCUAUGGAGAUUCCACAAUCUUAUUCAUCAACUCAACAAAUAUUUACUGACUAUCUACUAUGUAUUGCAUAUACAUACUAGGGUUCUGGAAUAUAGUAAUAAAUAAGAUAGACAUGAUUCCUCCUUCAUGGAGAUUAGAACCUGGGACAUAGACAGAUAUUAAACCAUUACACAGUUAAUUUUUUUAUACCAUUUUGGAAAGUGGAACAGAAGAAGAACAAGAUGUUACAUUGGGUUCUAACCUAGUUUGGUGUGGUCAGAAAAGGGUUCCUGAGGAGCUAACAUUUCAACUGAGGCUUAAAGAAUAAGCAUAUCAUUGUCAUGGACUGGGGAGACUACUCCAGAUAGAAAGAGCUGCAAAUGCAAGGGCCUGUGAAACAGGAUGCCUUGAGGAGCUGAGAGAAGCAGAGUGGCUGCAGCAGAACAAAUGAGGGGGCUUAGUGUGAGAUGCAGCUCGUGAAUUCAGAAGAAACUAGGUCACAGAGAGCCUUGCAGUCUCACUCAGGGAUGUGUGGGCUUUACUCCAAAAGCAAGGCAUGAAAUGAUCCUGUCUGAAUCCUAAAAACAGCACUUUGGCUGCAGCGUCAUAGGUAGAAGCAGGUGCAUGUGGUGGUGGAGAUGGAGGGAAACACACCCAUUUCAUCUAAGCAACAACAAAUGGUAUAUUUCAGGGCAUGGUGCUUGGUUUGCACACCAUACAGUGUGUUUCAUUCUAGAAUACAUGUUAGGCCAGAGGAAACUAGCAGGUGCAUGACCAUGAUAUUGGUCUAGGACUGAUUCUUGGCCAGAUGGUAAAAUUGGGGAAAUAUACUUUUGGAGGCAUCCCCUUUUUCAUUGGUACACUCUUUCUUUCCUUAAUUGUAACCUUCCUCAGGUAUACACCAUGUGUCCUUCAUCAAAACGGUCAUCAGCUACUCUCUGUUAAGAGGCCAACACAUUUUCAUUAACUUCUACUCUAUGUCAGGCUGUGUUAAUAGGCUGAAGAAAUCACCACUUGCAGGGCUUCUUGCAUGCUUAAAGGAAGGAAAACAUUUCAACUUAAACAACAAAUAGGUGGGUAAAAUGCUAGACAGCAAGUGUGCUAUUUUAGUAGUGGUGGGAGCUGCAUCUCACUCCUCCCACCUUCUACCUGGUAAGUGGCAACCAACUCUGCUUAUAAGUGAAUGACCUUUGAUAAAUGUACAGUAUUUGAUGUAUAUGUAAUUGCUUCAGGGAUGCACAAAGUGGAUAAAAAUAAAAUGAAAUUUUAGCAUGUUUUAGGGGACUACAUUCUGAUUAACAUGAGAAGGCACUAGAAUGGCAUUUAUGUUGAAUUUUGAAUUAUAUGUAUUAACAAACGAACGAAAACAUUCAUAAAUUACCAAAUGGGUCAGGCUCUGUGCCAAAAGUUUUUACUCAUCUCAUUGUCACGUCUCAUUCUUAAAAUAGACUCUACACACACUUUUCUAGAAAAUAGAAUCCUGUGAUGGUUGAUUUUAUGUGAAAAUUUGACUGGGUUAUAGGGUACCCAGAUAUUUGGCUAAACAUUAUUUCUGAGUAUGUCUAUGAAGACAUUUCCAGAAGAGAUUAGCAUUUGAAUUGGUGGACUCAGUAAAGCAGGUUGCCCUCCUCAACGUAGGUGGACAUCAUCCAAUCCGUCAAGGGCUUGAAUAGAACGAAAGGCGGAGGAAGGGAGAAUUUGUUCCUUCUUCUCUGCCUGACUGAAGGAGCCAGAACAUCUGUCUUCCUUUGCACUUGGACUGGGAUUUACACCAUGAGCAUCCCUGGUUCUUGAACCUUCAGUCUAAACUACACAACUGCUUCCCGGGUCUCCCAGAUUGUGGGACUUCUCAGCCACCAUGUCAGGAAUUGUGUGAGCCAAUUCCUUACAAUAAACCUCCUAUACCAUAAACAGAUCCAUCACCUCCAAAAGUUUCCCAUCACCCUCUUUAUUCUUUGUUAUUAUUAUUUUGUGAU